CCCUUAAGCCCGAACUGUUACUACGACGCGCUAAAGUUUGCCAGCUAAAGCGAUGGAGGGGAAUCAAGUGAAAAUGCCUGUAUAACACUGGAACAGAAAUAAGAUGCCUGGUCUAGUGUCAUGCCCUGGUGGUCUAAUAGUCAUUGGGAUCCUCUCUCUGUGUGUUGUUCACAUCAGCUCAGAGAUAUGGAGCAAUGAAGUUUCAGACGUCCAGUACGGAAGCUUGGGCUCCAGCGUCACGCUGACCUGUGGAGGUGCUCAACACGGGUCUCCGGUGCACUGGCGGCAUAAUGGGAGCACAGUCCAGUUCAGGCAUACACACACCUCCAACGGCACCCUCAUACUGCACAAUACCACACGAUCGAUGGAGGGCAACUACAGCUGCCACAACCAGAGAGGGGUCCUCCUGCAGACCAUCAGACUCCGCCUGGGCCACUCUCCCGGUUAUCUCAAUGUUUCCUGCCGAGUGCCAAGUCACUUUAUAAUCCACUGCUUUUGGACGCAGAGGGUGACGACUCACCUGCCCACCAACUACAUCACCACUUACAGUGUGAAUGAUGAAAGGGCACAGCACUGUAAGCAGACGUCUAUGGAUGUCAACGAGUGCACCAUCAACAAUCAUGAGUUCUGGAAGCCCAAGUGCCUGGUGAACAUCACAGAAGUCAAUCCGCUGGGCUCCAAUUCCACCAUCAUCUAUGUGGAUGUCCAAAAAUCGAUGAAGCCCCAUGCUCCCGAAGCAGUGACCGCUUUGGAAGUGCCGGGUGAAUCCACUCGACUGCUGGUGCAGUGGAAUUUCCCACAGUCCUGGCCUGUUAUGGCUGGUUUACCUCUGAAGUUCGAGCUGCAGUACAAGCCAGUGGGGUCUAACUACUGGUCCAAGCUGGAGACGGAGGACACCAGUGUGCAGAUCAUGGACGCUCUGGAAAGCCACCUGCACCACAUCCGAGUCCGAGCGCAGGAUGCUUUAAUUAACUACAGCCAGUGGAGCGAGUGGAGUCAGGUGGUGCAGGCCCAACCCUGGAGCGACCCUCUAGUCACUGCUGAAGUGACCACAGACGAACCUUUUGAUUUCCCAAUCUUCCCGUCUACGUUUCCAGUGAGGGCAACAGAAAAGUCUCCAGACCUGCCACCAAGUGAAAACGGAAGUCUGGGAUUGCUUAUCACUCUCGGCCUGUUCGCUGCAGUAAUGGUGGCUGUGGUGUCCUCUGUCACGACCCUUCUAUGGAUAAGAAACAGGAGGCGAGAUAAUGUGACGAAACAGGAACUGACCUCCAUGGUAAAGAUGAAGUCCUUGCCAGUGUAAAGUUUUCAGGUCGGCUCUCUCCUCUUUCAGCCCUCAUAGGGCUUCAUCCUAGGGAAUCAUCACCACUGCCACUGCAGCAGCGAAACAGCGAACAACCAGCAACACCUACGAUUCCAGCGUUCUCUCCGUCGCUGCUUCGGGGGAUCGGCUCCUUUCAGCGGAGUUCUGAGUCCCAUAAACUGUGAACCCUUCCAACCCUGUAACUCUGCAAUGUAGCACAACUCAACAAGAGUUAGCAGAACUCCAGAGAGUUACUGGCUCUCUCUCUCUUUGACACGCAAAGCGGGACGGCCGGCCUUGGAGCAUGAAAACCAGCACAUUUUAACCCGUACAUGUUUUCAAUUUUCUGCCGCUUCAGCUUUUCCACGCGGACUUGUGCCAGUUUGGCUGUGUUGACAUUUGGAAUGCUGUGAAGAAGAAAGAGGAAAUGAGCGUUGCGCCAGUUAUGCCAGUAAGAGGGCCGUGUAUUGGGCAUUAUGGAUAAAGUUGGCAUUCAUUACGUUUCGUUUUAACGCUGGGGAAGGGACCCGGUGAACAGCGGAGAUACAUUACUUUAACUUUUACUCUCCCCGACCUGAACGUAGCUGCUAAACGCGGACGAGAAAAAAAUGAAUGGAUCUGGAGGUUUCACCGAUGGAAGCUGAGCAUUUUCAGGACUUUUUUUAUCGUUUGGACUUGGACUUUUCUUCCGUUACAUUUUUGAUUGACCUUUUAAAUGCCUUUUAAAAAGCCUUGACCAGGUGGACACAUCUGCAAACCAUCUAUUCAUCAGGCUUGUUUUCAACCAUAAGUUGCCUUUUAAACUUAAUGACAUCAGCCGUAAUGUCCCUCAAGAAUUCAGCGCUCGUUUUUUAGUGUGUGUGGCCAAACCAGCAGUAAUUACCCUGUAGGCCUUCACGACAGUAAGUUGGCAUUCAACAAACCAAAAAAAAAAAGCUGAGAGAGCGAGGCAAUUGGUGCUCUGUAAGAAUGCAGUUGGUCAUAGUGUUCUUUUGCCGUAAGAAACGAAAGUGUCCUAUAAAAACCAGGCAUUCACAGAGCGUCGCAACGGAAAGUGAAUGUAAUUGCUUGGUCUUACAUUAGCAAGGCAUGUAAGACGGAGUUAAGAAGCCCCACUCAGGAUUUACCGCAGCUAUUACAGGACUAGCACUGUGUUUAGUAAUAGAGAGCAUGGUAAGCAUAGGCUUAUAGUGAGUCAACAGACCGUACUGUACCUUUUAAUAGAUCGAAAGAUCACUGUAUUAUUCAUAUUCAUAGAUGUUUCAUUGUCAGUGUUGUUGAUUGAUUUUCUCAUGGGCAGAGUCGCAUGAUUGCUGCUGAUCAGGUGGUGUUUGAGCGGGGACUGAUUUGCAUUGAGUAUGCAAAUUAAAAAACAACUUUUCUUUUUUUU